AUGAUAAUCAAUGAGAUGGAUUUAUCAGAUGAAGUGAUUGUAAAAUCAGGAAAACUAAAAUCAGCAGUGUGGAACGAUUUCGACAGAGUGAGAAAAGGAGAGACGCACAUCGCAAUCUGCAGGCACUGCAAGAAACGGCUCAGCGGAUCGAGCUCGAGCGGGACUUCUCAUCUGAGGAACCAUUUGAUUAGAUGCAGGAGAAGAAACGGUGGUGUUCUUGCACAUUGUUCAGUCAGAGGAAAGAAGAAAGAAGAAAGAUUCGAUGAGCAGAGGAAAAACGAAGAAGCUCUUAGCGUAGUGAAUGUUAGAUACGAACAUGAUGUUGUUGUGAAUGCCGGUUUGGAUCAGAGACGGAGCCGGUUCGAUCUAGCGAGGAUGAUAAUCUUGCACGGUUAUCCGUUAACCAUUGUGGAAGACGUUGGAUUCAGAGCGUUUGUCAGAAAUCUAGAGCCUUUGUUCGAGCUCGUCGCGUUUGAGAGAGUUGAGUCUGAUUGUAUGGAGAUUUGCGCUAAAGAGAAGCACAAGAUCUUCGAGGAUUUGGAUAAGUUACCUGGAAAGAUCAGCAUCAGCGUCGACGUGUGGACCGGUUCCGGUUCUGAUGAUGAGUUCUUGUGUUUGACGGCGCAUUACAUCGAUGAAACUUGGGAGGUAAAGAAGAGAGUGUUAAACUUCUUCAUGGUUGAUGAGUCUGGUGAGACGCUCGCUGAGGUUGUGAUGACGUGUUUGAUGGAGUGGGAUAUUGACCGGAAGCUUUUCGCCAUGGCGUCGAGUCACGCUCCUUCGUUUGGUGAAGACGUGGCGAACAAGAUCAGAGACAGGUUGUCGCAGAACAAGUUCUUGUACUGUAAUGGACAGUUGUUUGAUGUGAGUUGUGGAGUGAGUGUCGUGAACCAGAUGACUCAAGAUUGCUUGCAAGAUUGUGGCGAGACGAUAGAGAAGAUCCGGUUUGUGAACGUCGAUGAUCCAACACGAUGGGACACGACUUGUGCCAUGCUGGAGACUGCAUUAGAGCGAAAGAAUGAUGAUCUUGAAUCCGUGUCUGAUUUGGAAUGGGAGAGAUUAGCAACGGUUGUUGGGUUCUUGAGAGUGUUUGUUGAAGUGAUCAACGCGUUCACAAGGAGCCAUUUCUUAUCAGCGAACAUGUACUUCCCGGAGCUAUGCGACGUGCAUCUCCGGUUAAUCGAAUGGAGCAAGAACCAGGAUGAGUUCGUUAGCUCUCUGGCUGUGAACAUGAGGAAGAGAUUCGACGAGUUUUGGGAUAAGAACAACCUGGUUUUAGCCAUUGCUACUAUAUUAGACCCAAGGUUCAAGAUGAAGCUUGUGGAGUACUAUUACACGUUGUUCUAUGACUCUAGUGCUUCAGAGCUUAUAGAAGACAUCUCUGAGUGUGUUAAAGCUCUGUACAACGAGCAUUCUGUUGGAUUGUUGUUAUCUUCAUCAGACUGGCAGGAGAAUCAUGAUCAUCACCAUCAUCAUCAGUCAAACGAUUCCAAGUCGGAGCUGGAGAAGUAUCUAGAGGAGCCGCUUUUCCCCCGGAAUUCGUAUUUCGACGUACUCAACUGGUGGAAAGUUCACACGCCGAGGUACCCUGUUCUGUCGAUGAUGGCAAGAAACGUGUUAGCAAUUCCGAUGUUGAAUGUAUUGCCGGAGGAAGACGCCUUCAAGAUGGCUAGGAGGAGACGGGUUAGCGAGACAUGGUGUUCGCUUAGACCGAGCACCGUGCAGGCGUUGAUGUGUGCUCAAGAUUGGAUCAAAAGCGAGCUUGAAAGCUCUUGA